CUCAGUCAGCCCCCACCCCUCCCUCCGCGCGCUUCUCUAUUGUCUCACCGUACGAGGUGACAGCAGCCACAUGCGCCAGUAGCGCUCAGAAAACGGGUUUAAAGUCAUCAGGAGGUGAAGACUGGAGUCCUUAUAUAUCAGCCGUGUUUUGGUGCAAAACAGGAUGUAAGGCGUAAAUCUUCUGUCUGUGCGGUUUGGGCGUGAGUGCGGAGCCCCGCCCUCAUUCGCCCAGCUGACCAAUCAGAAUGUUUGAGGUAAAGCCAAUGAGCGUGGAGAAGAAGGAAACAGCUGCUGGAACAGACGAGAGCAGUAAGGUGCGUGACGCGGGUGUCAGUGGCUGCGCCAGGGACUCUUUAUAUCUGUAUGAGGGUCAGGACUGGGUCAUCUCACCCGCCUGUUCUCCUGAAGAACCCAGCGCAAUCUCUCCCAUGCUGGCCGAGGAAACUUUCCGCUACAUGACAUUUCUAGCUGUGGGUUCCUCCUCAUAUGCUCCUAAUGCUCCUAACAGUCUCUCUAAAGUUCUCAGCUCCGACCGGGUGGAGCAGAUGACCAAGACGUUCAAUGACAUUGACGUGGUCACACAUCUGCUGGCUGAGAGGGACCGGGAUCUGGAAUUGGCCGCUCGGAUUGGUCAGUCUCUCCUCCAGAGGAAUCAUGUGCUGCAGGAACGAAACGAGUCUCUGGAGGAACAGCUCGCACAGGCUCUAGAUCAGGCUCAUCAGCUUCAGCACGAGUUGGGCAAGAAGGAUGAACUCUUGCGUAUGGUGGCAAGCGCCAGCGAGGAGAGCGAGACCGACUCCAGCUGCUCCACGCCGCUCCGUCACUCCACCCCGGCGGGUGCAGCUCUCGCCCUCAGCCAGCUGGAGGCGCUGCAGGCCAAACUACAGGAGGUGGAGGAGGAGAACCUCUUUUUGAGAUCAGAGGCCUGUCAUUUGAAGAAAGAAACCGUGACGUAUGAGGAGAAGGAACAGCAGCUGGUGAAGGACUGCGUGAAAGAACUACGUGAAUCGAACCGUCAGAUGGUGACGCUCACGGAGGAACUCUCUAAGAAGAACGAGGCGUUACUGAGACAUCAGGAGGAGAUUGCGCAGUUACUCUCACAGAUCGUUGAGCUCCAGCACCGAAUCAAAGAGGUGGCAUUAGAGAAAGAAGAGUUGAGAGUUCAUCUUCAUGCCUCAAAGGAAGCACAACGCCAGCUCACUGCUGAGCUGAAAGAGAUGGUGGACAGGAACGCCGAAUGUGUGGGAAUGUUACACGAGACUCAGGAGGAGAUUAAGGAACUGCGCUGUAAGAACACGCCAUCUGCAGGUCUGCGCAGACACCUGCCGUAUGGACUGUACCCUAUGGAUUCUUUGGCAGCUGAGAUUGAAGGGUCAAUGAGGAGAGGAGUGAGUGUAGAGGAAGAGAUCGCCUUUGAGGAUCAAAGGUCGGCCCACAAGCGUGUGUUCCAGACAGUGAGGGCGGUGAAUCAGUCCACGAUGAAAGCUGCCAUGACUCCCAUCCCAGGCUCCGCCCACGGCGGUGUUGUCAUGACAGCGCAGCCCCAUCAGUCACACACAGAGGAAGAGAUCCACAGAGAUCUGGAUGCCACCAAAGAAAGUUCUCGUCUGGGUCAACCAGGCUUUCCUGGAGGAAACGACUUAACGUCAGCAGUACAUCGGUUGUCUUUGCGAAGGCAGAACUUCCUGUGCGAGCGGCAGUUUUUCCAGGCCGAGAGAGACCGUAAGCUGCAGGAGCUCGCCGAGUCGGAAGGAGGCGGGAGCGGAUGUAGUUCACCAAUGGGAAGCGCGUUUUCUUCUUCCACCAACCUAUCAGAAUUUUCCUUCUCCUCCAGCUGUUUCAAAACCUUUCUGCCUGAAAAACUGCAGAUUGUGAAACCGAUGGAAGGUUCUCUGACCCUUCAUCACUGGCAGCAGCUGGCCAAACCCCACCUGGCCACUAUUCUAGACCCCCAUCCGGGCGUCGUCACCAAAGGUUUCUGUCCUCUUCCUCAGGACAAAGUCUAUCAGCUCACUGAUCUCGAAGAAGAUGAAAACCAAGAAAAGCCACCGUGGGAGCGUAAGAGUAAGGAAGAAACCACACGAUGCACAAAGACCGACGAGGAAGAUGAGGAUGACGGAGGGAUUACGUUUCACGUGCAGUUGUCGUCAACUCCCGAAGAAAAGAGAGAGAGAAGUCGUGUCCAAACCCCAACGAAUGUCCCGCCCCUUCCUGGGUCCUUAAGGAAUUCCCCUGUGCCUAUAGCGGCGGUGAUUUCCAUAGCAACAGCAGUCAACCAGACAGCCAGUUCUGCAGUUGCCUCUGGAAUCUCUGGAACAGUAUUUCCUCCGCUUGACCUGAAUCUUGGGUGUAAAGCGCCCUCUACAGGUGUAAAUCCUGGAAAAUAUCAAAGCUCAACCUUUUCCACGUAUACUUUUACUACCUGUCGGAUCAUGCACCCUAGUGACUGCACACAGGCGACAUCCAGCUCUGUCUGUAGUCCUUCUAUCGGCGCUUACACCCCAAGUUCUCUUCGGACCGGUCCCAGUACUCCAGUCACUCCCUGCAGGUUGAGUCUGGGUGACUCUUUCCCCAUUCGCCGUCCAGCAGCGCCCCCCGGUGGCCUCACCAAACUACUUUUGGAAAAAGGCAUCUCUGCUCAAGGUCCAGUUGCAACAGAACCAAAAAAGCCCCUUUCCAUGCGUCGUCUUCCCAGUACCCCGCCCAACUCCCCCUCCCACUCUCCAUGCCCCUCCCCUGUGCCCUUCGACUCACGCUCCACCUCUUCCGACAACUUCCUGGCCUCCCGCCCUGCCGAGCUCUUCCUACAAGACGUUUACGGGCUAAAACUCGGUCGUUCCCCCAGACCGGACCUCUUGAGCCCGGAUCAUCAGUCCCCCCAGGAGCAACCAAACAAGUCCGAGCGGAAUAGCAUCAAACUAGUGGAGCAGCUGCGUAAGCUGGGAUUGGAUACAAAAGUGCUCAAGGGGUCCGACCAGCCGCAAGAAUCUGCCACUUUCUUAGCAACAGGAGGAGGGAGUUUAUUGGAUGGCCUUCGGCGGAAUCAAAGCCUGCCUGCCAUGGUCAGUCGGCGCAGCGCGUCGCUCUCCAGUCCCACCUAUCCCGUACCGCCCCCACACCCUACUUAUCUGGCCCUUCCCACUCCGCCCUGGGUGAACCGGAAUGAGUCACGACGAACCACACGUAGACACGCCUCCCUUUCUCAGGCCCCGCCCCACCUACAUAAUUCUUGAAGAUGAGGGAGUGGAUGACCUUGACUUUAUAUCUUUGUUGAUUUUAAUAUCCCGUCUAUUCCACCUCUUGAAGACUUGAAGAUGAAAAGGGAUAUUUUAAAAGCACAAUAAUAAAGUAAUAGCAUCUUUUUGCAUAAAUAUGAAGAUUUAAAGGCCUUAAAGCACUCAAGAAGGAAGACUUAUAAUUUCUUUUCCCCUCAAACAUUUCCUUUCAUUCUUUUCUCUAACAACAUAAUUAUUUUUUAUAUUUCUCUCUUUUCAACAUCAUUGCACUUAUUUUCUGUGUUAGUUUGAGCUGUGGAGAUUCUAGGAUGUGAGUAGUGUUCAAGAAAGACAAAUGCAUGUGAAGAAGGUUGUUGAAUGUAGUCUGGAUGGCCAGCAGAAGGGAAGGAUGAAAGUCUAAAGGAAUGCUAUAACAGACUGGAAAUAUGAAGGUUUCUGUAAGUUUUUUUAAAAGCGUGGUCACUAUGGGUCACUCUUGAGAUGGUGAAGUAUGUUGACAGGAUUGAGGUAGAUAAAUAGGAAGUUGCAUCUCCACAGCCUCACCGAGGGGUUUGUUUUCAUUCUGAGGUUGUAGUUCGGAGCGUGUCCUGAACAUCUGUCUGCUCGUGUCGUAGUAUGCUUUGCAACUUUUCUCUACGUUAAGUGUAGGUCAUAGGGUAGUGCAUUUAUAGACGUUCACUGAAGAACGUCUUGACUCCCAGCAUGCAUCUGGACAUCGCCUGUCUAAAUCAUGUGGCAUAGAAUUCUAUCGUUUUUGAAAAAUGGGUCACAGAAGAACAGGAUCUUUCAGGAUUUAGGACUGUGAAGUUUGAUGUUUUGUUGGGUCCUGUUUUUAGAACAUCGUUGUUCCUUUGUUAUAAAUAUUCAAGGAUGGAUCGUGUUUAAGGGACUUGCACUUGAUUUGUUUUGGAUUAUUUAAAGCGACGGUGAUAGAUUUUACACGUUUGAUUUUGUUAAAAGACUAUUUCACGGCACAAUUCGAAAGGGAAAUUUGUUUUACUUGUGAGUUUGUAUUUCUUGCGAGCUCAACUCACAGUAAAUAUACUUUUGUCGGGUAUCUAUUUGUUUGUACAUCUCUUAAUUGUUAUAAAAUUACAAAUCAUAUUUUCAUUGAUUUCAGAAACUAGAUGUACCAAGUCAGUAUUGCUGUUUUGUGGUUUUGGCACUUCGGACCCCUCAAUGACAUAAUUUCCUCUCAUUUUCUUGUCAUUUUAAGCACUUUUGAUUUUUAACUCUUUGUAUUUUUUAGUAAAUAGGCUUUAUGUAGCGUUUAACAAACUAGACUAAGGUCAUAACUUAAGAGGUAUUAAUAACUAAACUAUUUGAUGUAGGAUUUAGAGUUUUAAUAUAUGUGCUAUGAGAUUUGGUGCCGUUUAAGCUGGGACUCAAAAGACCUCGUUAAUGGGUAUAAACCAAAAGUCUUUUUUUGCACCCGAAUUGUAAUUUUAUAAACUAAAAUUUUGUGUUUGUUUGUUUGUGUGGUAAACUGACUUUUUUUCCUUUUUUAUUAAUCUCAGUUUAGUUUAGAAGUUCUGGCAUGGACGAGAUGUUUGUACAAGAAUACAACCAAACUAAACAUAAUUUAAACUAAACCAUCAUUACAGUUUUACAUUAAACGCUGUGUCUUUACAUAAGAACACUUUCUGUGUCAACAGCUUUGUCUUCUAUACAGUACAUUAUAUGUAUAUCCUUGAUAAAAUUUUAUUUGCGAGCUGAAUUGUGUGGUACUACUUCAUGCAUUAUUUAAAGUAUUGAAGUGUCCUUAUUUACUUCCUGCUGUUGAGGUCAUCAAGCCCUCUGCUGCCAAUCAGGUCAAAGGUUAAUGCUUGAUGAUGUCACAAAGAGUGACGUCAAACACCAAAUGAUCUCUUUUGUGUGCUUAUGGCAGUCAUAUAGAUAUAGGCUGAUGUUCCGUAACCAUAUUUUCCUGCUGUCAGUACCCCGUAUUAGCAUCAUUAUGUUGUUGUUGUUGUUUUUUUAUAAUAAAAUGUAACAAAAUA